UCCUUGUGUCUCUUGCGUAUCGCCGCGAUGCGAGGGAGUUCUCGAAGGCGGUCGUUAGUCGAUCUUUAGUUUCGAGUAAGCAUCCGUUCGAGACAGAGGACCUCCGAUCCGGCUCGACUGGGCAACCCCUUCACGUUCCCAUCGUUCGAGCGCCAACAACUUUUUCCAUUUUCUUCACGUUCCCGUUUCUGGGACACAUUUUCGAGACCGGCCCUUUUCACACCCUUGUUCGUGCGCGAUUAAAACGCGAUCGAGUCGUUGGUCACGAUCAUCGCGAUCGUACGACGUGCUUCGAUACGUCGGGCAAGUCAAAGUACAGGAAACUAGCGUGCAAUUUAGUGGUCGACGUUUGCACUUUGAUCGUUUGCCAGUUAUCAAACUGGACGAGAACGUUGGUCCACGCGAGACGAUUUAAACGAUAAAAUUGUGUCGGUUGUCAUGUGAUUCUGUGAACGUGAGUGUUGCAGAACGGCAGUGUCGCGUAUUGAAAUCGCACGAUACCCAAUGGCUGCUUUGACAUGGUGGCUCUCAACAAUUUCGCGUUCGACGAUGGAUCAUGAAAAACCGCGAACUUGAUCGCCGUAGGUGAAAUUCGAGCGAGUCGCGUUGACAGAGGGUGGUGUAACUCGGCUUUCUCGUCCAUUUUGGUUCCGGAACGAACGAUGGAGCGGCGACCGCGAGUACCGCGAAGAAGGGGCCUUUCCUCCGCAGAAGUCAGGCCAGAGGAAUUAUCAGCGGUCGUGUCCGCGGAACAAUCAGAAGUAGUAACGGUCAGGCUGUCGUUGCCUGUCAACAACACGGGGAACGCGGGAAUCACGGGAUGCAAAGAUCGGCCUCACAUCUGUGGAAAAGAGGCGGCCUGCCGUAGCUACCAAAACGAUACCUCCAAGUGCGUUUGCCCGCACGAUCUCUCCUCGCCCACGUUGGACUUGAAAUGUCCGAAUCGCCUUACAGUUCCCUUGACGCCCCGGCCUAUACCCAACAUAAUACCUCCCAGUGGUAACGCUACCAGCAACGGUACCACCGCUCUUCCGGAAGCCGAACAGGUGGAGCGGGUCAGACAGAGGGUACCCGAAAUAGUAGGGAUUGCCAUAGCCUUCGUAGCUGUAUUAGCGAUAUUAUUCGGUAUAGUGUACUGCGUGAGGAAACGGAGUUACAACGUGAAAUCAUCAUCGAGGAACUCCCUGGAUGGAACGCCGAUGAAUUUGAAGAAAGGAUUGCUGUUAGCGAACAAGUACACGCCUAAUCCACAGUAUUUCAGUUGUGCCUCGCCGGAAGUGCCGAUCUUGCAACGCGAAUCUCUUUUGUUCCUGCAAGACAUUGGCGAAGGAUGUUUUGGAAAAGUGUACAAAGGAGAAUCCUGUACCGGGGACUCGAAAGAGAUCGUCGCGAUAAAAGUGCUGAAGGACAGCGCGUCGCGCGAAGCCGAGGAGGAUUUUAUGCGAGAGGUGGACAUUAUGUCGACGUUUCGGCACAGCAAUAUCCUGACGCUGAAAGGAGUAGUCCUGCGGGAAGGUAACAAUAGCCCGUGGAUGGUCUUCGAGUACAUGCCUCUCGGCGAUUUGGCAGAAGUGUUGCGAUCAAAUUCGAGAGCGCUCAGGUCGACGAAGCCCGGGUUGCAACCCUUGACUCAGGAAUCUCUGCAUUGGAUAACGAUACAAAUUGCAGCUGGUAUGACUUAUCUCUCGGGUCAAAGGUUCGUCCAUCGAGAUUUGGCGUGCAGGAAUUGCCUGGUCGGUUUCGAUCUCGUGGUCAAGAUCGCAGACUUUGGAAUGUCGCGGGACGUGUACACCUGCGAUUAUUACAAAAUAGGAGGUUCCCGACUUUUACCCGUGCGUUGGAUGUCGCCGGAAAGCGUGAUGUACGGUCGAUUUACAUUGGAAAGCGACGUGUGGAGCUUCGGCGUCGUUUUAUGGGAAGUGUACUCGUUCGGCAAGCAACCAUAUUAUGGGCACAACAACGAAGAGGUAGUAAAAUUAAUUUUCCAAGGGAUAAUGUUGAUUCCUCCGGAAGAGUGUCCACCUUUCGUAUGUCAGCUAAUGCGGGAAUGCUGGAAGACGGACCCUAAGGACAGGAUCAAGUUUCCGGAGAUAUUGGAGAGCCUCGAAAGGGCUAAAUCCGUUGAACAGGACACCUUGCCUAGGCCACCCCAGGGCCCGGUCACUGUCCGUACACCGGACGUAUUAGAUCCAGACGGUUAUUUAUUGCCUGCCCCGGCUAAACCGCGCGAAUACUUGCAAACUUUACCCUGGCCCUGUCCUGAUUGAUACCUACUAACAAUCUCGUAAGAUGCACACAUCGUCAUCGACAUCGUCACUGAUUUCUGGAAUCUGGAUCGACGUCAAUUUAGAACCAGGAAAGAGAAUCAGGAACUCUUUGUGGGUUAUAUAGCUUGAUAAAAGCAGCAGGUAAUAAUGGUUCCUCUUCCAUCUACAUAUCUUUUACGACAUCAAGCGUCCGGCGUUCAGAUCGAAAGACUGAUACAAAUCGAUCUUGAAUUUAUUCUUAAAUAGACCAGGCUUCCUUACAUAUAUAGAUUAAUCGCGUGGAAGUCUUCGUCAACGACGAGAUAUUGGAAAUCGAAAGAACGUCGAUAAAAGAUUCGUCGAGCUAAUUAUAAUCGAGGUUGUUACAUAAUAUGUAUAGUUAUCAUAGUAAUAAUUCGGAGAAACAUCAGAGAAGCGGCGGCGGCGACGGCGGCGGCUGCGAGAGUUUGUGAGCCGUAACUACGGUUCACUGCCCUGCAGUAAGUAGUAUUAAUAUUUUGUAAUUCUUAGGGGAACCUACCGAGCGUACUCCAAUUAAUUUAUUACCGUAAUUAUAAUCGACGAUUCCUAUACGACGUUGUAAGAGACAUUGAAUCUUGUACGUAAUCUAGUGCAAAUACACGUUACUCGGCGUUCUCAUUAAACGCCUA